ACUGUUCGUUUCGAUCAGUUUAGUUUAGAUGGUAAAACGUGUUUGAUGUUUUCUUCGACAAGUGAGCGCGCCAACGUGAACGAUGUGGAAAUCAAUUGUUUUGAUUUUCAAAGUUAGUUUUUCUCUUAUUCGGUUCAGCAUCGGGAAUUCCCUAAUUCGAUUCUGGCCUGGCAUUACACGACCCGUAGUUGAAGUUCGCCAAGGAAAGGUGCGUGGGAUUACGAGUUCGUUACCUGGGGGCGUAAAGUAUCACUAUUUUAAAGGAAUUCCUUAUGGGAAACCUCCCGUUGGGAAGCUUCGCUUCCAGUCCCCGGUUCCUCUGGAGAGGUUCAGCCAGCCGGUGCUCAAUUGUAGCUACGACAGGCCGGACCUUAUACAACCUGACGUGGUCAUCAACAGGAUAGUUUUUGGCUCCGAAGAAGGACUCUACUUGAACGUUUUCACACCUGGAUUGCCCAACGAAAAUGAUACCAAAUAUCCGGUGAUGGUGUUCAUUCAUGGGGGUGGCUACCGCUAUGGAUCCCCAACUUCAUUUUUGUACGAGCCCAAGUCCCUUGUGCGAAGGGGUGUUGUAGUGGUCAGCAUGUCAUACCGUCUUGGUCCGUUGGGAUUUCUGAGUCUGCCCAGCGCGGGAAUUAGUGGCAACAUGGGACUCAAAGAUCAACGCCUCGCCCUGCAAUGGGUUCACGAAAACAUUGGCCAGUUCAACGGGGAUGCUGAAAAUGUUACCCUUUUCGGGCAAAGUGCUGGCAGCUGGUCAACUUAUCUGCACUACUUGUCGCCAAAAUCACGGAAAUAUUUCCAACGGGUAAUUUGCUUAAGUGGCGAUUCCUGCUCGGAGGCAGCAUUCCAAGUUGAUCCAGAGGGAAAAGCAAGGAAACUGGCACAACUACUGGGAUGUAGAGGAAACACGGACCAGGAAGUUUUAGAAACACUUAUGAAAGCAUCGGCCAAGUCUCUGGUCAGACUCCAGUCCCAAGUGCAGAACCCGCUAGAAGAUGGCGACCCUUUGCGAGUGUUUUUGUUCAAACCCGUUAUCGAACAUGAAUCCGUCGAGGACUGUUUCAUAACGCAAUUGCCUGAACAAAUUCUAAAGUGCUACGACUCCUUACAAAUGCCCAUAAUGUCGGGAAAUGUGAGCAGUGAAGGAUUGCUCACCUUGCUACUGAACAGAAAUAAUUUGGAUGAUUACAACAAACACGUCGAUUGGUUGGUACCUCGAUUUAUGGGAUAUUCUGCGAAAUUGGACCGCACAGCCGUUGGCGAGCAGAUAAAGCGAUUCUUUGUUGGCGAUGGCAAGAUCGGAUGGAAUACUGCAGAUGAGACGAGUGAUUUGAUGACAGAUUCAACGUUUGUUGGGUCUUCCAACUUGAGCGCAGAAUGGAUUGCAAAAUAUCAACCGAAUGUGACGCAUUACAAAUAUUUCUUCACCUUUGAAGGGCGUUUAAACCUUUUCAAAAUUCUUUAUAAUAUGAGUGAGGUGCAUGGCGUUGACCAUGGUGAUGAUGUUUUCUAUUUGUUCUCCCCAAACUUUCUGCCAAAACUAGCAAAGGAUAGUGUCGAAAACAAGAUGCGUGAAGUUUACAUUACACUGUUGACCAACUUUGCCAAAUUCAACGAUCCAACCCCGGAUGAGAGCGAACUUGGGUUCAAGUGGAAUCCAGUAGCACCAGUGCGUCGAGAUUCGGAAUCAUUUGACUUUGACUGCUUAGAGGUUAAUGUACCGUCUCGAAUGGUCCGGAAUCCUAAUGAAGAAAGAAACGAUUUUUGGAGGAAUUUAUUGAAGGUCAAUACGGAGCUGUUAUAAAUGUGUAGAAAAACAGUAUCGUAUCGUUCCGGUUAAAAAAUCCUGCUAGGCUAAAUUCGUUGUUAAAAAUGUAGUACCGUAAACUGGGGUCAAUCGGGACACAUGGGGUGAAUUGGGACAGCAGUUUUAACCAUGUUAGAGCACAAUAUUUUGAUUUUUCUGGUUGGUUUUGGUUAGAACAGACUCUGGCCAACAAGAUUUGUACAUCCAUUUCCAAAUUUAAAAGCUUUAAGUGCUCUAAAAACUGCUGUCCCUUUUCAGACUGUAGACCCAAUUGACCCCAGAUUACGGUAAUGAUCUAAAGUUUAAUUUAGAAAUUUAUACUCAAUAUUCGUUAAUUUUCAUCAUUGUAACACAAAUCGGCUAUGAUUGAACCUUAAACAUACCAGUUUACUUACUAUGUCUAACUUUUAUAUAUUCCAAUUUUGUAUCAUCUAGGGGAAAUAUACCCAUUUUAAGCCUAAUAAGCGGUCGUGUUCGAAUGAUGCUGGAUAAUCUGGAGCGUUUCUUGAAAUUUACUAAAACCAAGUAAACCAACGAUUAGAGCAACUUUUUGUGAACAUUUCUGUUUAUUUUUACUUUUACUUAAAGUUAUUUUAUUCCUUUUUCAAGCAUUUAAAAAAAAUAUUUCCCAAAGGUAUGCAUUGGGCCACGCCCAUUUUCCUAUUUUCAGCUUAGUUCUUUUUUCUUCCAGCGCUUUUUUGGGUCUGCUUAGUGCUGCACAAAUUGAUGAAAUUUUAAGCGAACACUCACGAAAAGUAGAACUUAUAGAGAAAAUUUCCUGACAUCACUGGCUCACUCCAACAGGCGCUGCUGCAUAGAGCUUUAUGACGUUUCGCGUACGCACUCUAGCGCACCAUUUGAUUUUGCUGGCUGACAAAAUUUAACCUCACUUUUUUUAGUGUACGUACACGCAAUACAUACGCACGUAGAUUACUCUAUGGUGGAGUUGGUGGCCACCCUUUGUUCUUUAUUUUCCUUUGCUUCUCGCUCGGUUUUCUUCAGCCUUCGAUUGGAAUGGGUCGUCAAAAUUCCAACGUCAAGAGACUUGACGCGUUUGUUUUUUUAUGGCGCUUGCUAAUUAUUUACAUGUUUCGGGAUUAUUUUUCAAGUGAGUGACCAACUAAUGUGCAAAAAAACAUGUUGCCGUUAGUUGGAAGCAAUUUCAUAUCUUAAGCGCUUUGAAAACGUUAGCGCAAGUUAAAAGAUAUUAAUGACGACUUUCGUUAAGCAGUUAAGCUCUCAUCUUGCGUAAGGAUGUGUGCGCCAACAAAAUGAUGAGAAAUGGUCUCGCAUAAUAGAUAUCAUGAUCAAAAGUGCAUUAAAUUUGAUCUUUUUGGCCAGUAAGUGGAAUAAAUUUGCGUGCUUACUCGAGACGGUGCUGUUGCUGGUAAGUUUAAAGCCUAAUUUUUUUUUUUUUGAGCUUUAAUCGAGCAUCAAACUCUCCAUAUGACGAAGAUAGGUGUUUGAUUA